AUUGCACUCUUAUACUAGGGCAACGCCACGUACCAGUACGGAGCAUUUUGUGAUUGCUUCUCAAUUUUUGUAUUAAAAAGAAAAAAAGUUUUCUUUUUAAUACAAAAAAUGAUAUGGCUGUUUCAAAGAAAAGAAUUUCUUCAAUUUCUGAGCUUCAACUGCCCCUUGUUUUCUCGAAGGAGCGACCAUUUGAAUUUAAAACGAAACAGGCGCGCACACGACAAGAAGCUGAUGACUCAGACAAAUGUCGAUCGUUAAAGCACAAAUUUUCCAAAAUUACCAUUGAGAAGGAUCCUAGUAAAAACCAAGAAAAAGAAGAAAAUCAGGAAGUYUUUUGGUCCCAAGAAGAAGAAUUAGGUCAUCUCGCUGAGAAAUUUGCUCCACACCAAAUGGCUCUCGAGCGAUUUCAAGAAAAAAUGAAAAUGUUUCUUCAAGAGGAGGCGCGCACCGCGCUCGACCAAGAGUCAGAAGAAGAAGAGACAUCCGAGGAAGAACGGAAGAAAAAUCUCCACAUGUUAAUUUUUUCCGACAUGAAGUUACUUGAAAUGAAAAAGCUAUUUCGUUUCUCGUUCUUUUAUGAAGUUUGCCUCGAAAGGAUUCGAUAUGUUGCCAGCGAAGAGCUCGAACCACYACGAGAAGCUAUUCUCGAGACGGAAAAAAUCAUCCAAACCGUCCUACAAAUGWUACUCAGUGAUCGUGAAUGGCCUUUAGAAAACACCCAAUUCAAUCAUGACCAUCUUGAUAAUUCUCUGAUUGAGAGCAAACUGAAGGUGGAAAAACUCUUUGAAGAAUCAGUGUUUUUUCAAGGUAAACUCCGAAUGGAAGAUAUGAUUCGGUACACAUCGACUGAAAGUAKAAUCUCUUUCGCGCUUGGAUUGAAGAUCGACUUCUUAGAUAAAUUGAAAUCCUUCGAUAAUGAACUAGCUUCCCACUGGAAUCUAGAGGAAUGGAUUUUGAAUUUUCUAAGCAAUAACUACGAAGAUAUCGAUGAUGAAGACCGUAAGGAAGAUCUAAGUAAAGACCUUUUAAUAAAACUCGGUUUUAGGGACAACAGUGAAGCAAUAAAAACGAUUCUGACCCGCUCUGCUUUGUUGUUUGGUCAUGUUGAACCUAUUGAGCUAGUGAAGCGCUUCGUAAAAGACGAACUUAAAUACCAUCCUGUUUUUGCCCAGGAACUUUAUCUAUUCCCAUACACAGAACAAGCAUGCACAUGUUGUGGAAUAAAGGUUUUGGACGGCAAAAGUAUUAAUGUAAUGCAUAUGAAUUUUGCUAGGGUUGAAGAUUCUGAGGAACUUUAUGAACAAUACAUCUCUAAACACAUUGAUGAGGUCAGGGAUGUAGACUCUGUAAUUUUGUUUCAUGGUACAGAUCAUUGCAGCGCAAUAGAUAUCUUGAAUCAAGGAAUUGAUAUCAAUCGCGGCAUGUUUAAGCAUGACUUUAGCGAUGGACUUGGCUUUUACCUGAACGACGAUUACAAACAUUCAGAGACUUGGUCCUUCAGCCAAACGAGAAAACCUGCCGUUCUGGUUUUCAAAGUCCCCAAAACCUUUCUCGAAAAUUCAAGCAGUCUAGAUUUAUCAGAAGAGGACAAAAGGGACGAUUGGCUGCAAAUUGUUACCGAGUGUCGAUCAGGAAGACCAAGCAGAAAACUGCGAAAGAAACUAAAAACCUACGACAUGAUCAGAGGACCGAUAUCGAAGCCAUCUGAUGAUGCAAACAGGCGUUUCGAACMAAGGGAAAACUCACACCAAGUUUGCAUCAUGAACGAAGAUUGUGCAGACGAAAUUCAAGAAUUCCUUAAUACAAUUAUCUUCUAUGAAUAAGUUUUAAGGUAUCUUUUCGAAGCUGCCGCUCAACUCACUUGGCAGAAGAAGAGAAAGAACAAGACUUUUUCGUAUUAGAAACUUGAAAAAAGGAAACAGAGGCAAUUUAAACGCUCGAUUUCUACCAUCAACAUUGAACAGAAUGACAAAAGUCAUCAUCUACCACUGAUGACAGAAAGAACGCUAUCCCGUCUCCUAUCAGGAAGGAGAAAUAAAAAAGAUAAUCUAUACGCUAUUGAAAGCAGAAUUACACAUACRCUAAUGUAGAGAAAGAAGUUAUUUUUGAAUAGUUCCAUCUAUAGAAGAUUAUGACCCAUUAUUGAAAAGAAUGUAGAUAGAUUUUAAUAUGAACACUGACAAUCAUGUGUCAUGACAUGCACUGAGAAAACAUGGCUAGGGUUAGUCUUAAUUCAGUCAAAAUGAAAGCCAUAAUAUUACUUUUUAACCUUUCAUAUAGAUAUGGUUUAGGUGGCUGGCUUAGCUUUAGAGUUUGUAAAAGUGUCUAUCAUUAAAAAAUGCUGUUUUCCGCUUUAAUAGCUACUGUCUGCAAUAUUGCAACUGCUCCUCUGUAAAGGAUGUACGCCAAGACAAAAUAAAAAUAGGACAUGCGCAA